GCCAUUGUAGACACAGUUGACAACCUUCUGAGACCAGAGGCUCUGAAGUCCUGGCAUGAUAUGAACAGCACGGAACAGACACAUGCUGCUACUAUGUUACUGGAUACCCUGGAGGAAGGCGCGUUCGUCCUUGCCGACAACCUAAUGGAGCCGGCUAUUGUGAAAGUACCUGCUGAUAAUAUAAGUAAGUAAUUGAAUUUCCGGUAAACAAAUAAUAAAGCAUGCCCAGUGAUUUGAGUGCAAUCAGUCGUUUUUGAUGCUGUACGCAUAUUUCAACUACUCAUGUCAUGAAAUAAAAUGAGUCUGUUCUAUGAGUUCAGUGAGUAACGUUUGCUUUCACAAUGUACAUUUAAAACAAAGUGAUGAAUUUCAGACAAUUUCCAGGUUCUUAGAUUGUGUUGACUUGGUUUAUAAAUAUGUACGUCUGUGCCAUGUAAUUCUAUACAUUAAUGUGAACAUUACCCUACUGCGGAGACCUGUGAAGUACAAACAGUGUUUAGACGCUGUGUCCUCCUUUAAUCUCAAAUAUCUCGGGACAUGAGAGGGAAGGAAUGUAAAAUGUUUCACUGUGCAUUGCAACUACAUUUCUUUUUUUUAUUCAAAUGCUUCAAUUUUAUCUUGCACAUCCAGUCUUUCACUGGAUUUUCACAAGUGUACUGUAUCCCACAAAGGGACUCAACAUGGUCUAAAGGAUCACCUUGGUUCUGACAUUUUAACUCAGCAGCCAUAUUGUUGUUGCAUAGAAUCACUUGAACAAUGUCUACAGUGUCUGUAGUACCUAACACCCCCGCACUCUUGCGUCGCCUUAGGAAUGUAAGCAAUCACGUCCUUGGCAUCAACAUUUUCUAUUCUCUUUUUUAUUGCCCUCUUGUCUUACUCAAAACACACUGUAACGUCUGGUAUCUCUCUCUCUAUCUCUCCCGGUCUCUCUCUUUUCUUGUCUCUUUUUUCCCCCUUCAUUAUCACCAAAACCCCAGUCCUGGAUGUGUAUGUGCUCAGCACGGACGGCCAGGUUCAGGAUUUCAAAUUUCCACAGGCCAGCAAGGGUGGUGUUUCUAUCCAGCUGUCCUCCAAUACUGUCAAGCUCAACAGUCGGAAUGGUAAGCCCCAUACACCCCCCUCUACGAAAUCUCACUUCAUUCACAGGCAGAGCUGCAUGCGGGUGUUUAUCCCAAGUGUGAGUGUUAGCUCAGACUUUUUGUUCCAUUCCAGUGUCUAUGAAAAGGUGAAGAGUAUGUCGAACGGUCUGUCAAUGCAGCUUGUCAAAACUGACAAUACACAGUGAUUACUCCGUGGGACUGUUAGAUAGGAGCGACCACUAAGGAUUUGAACCCUAAAACCCAGCACCAUGAUAUUUUCUGAAGAAAACUGACAACUCCCACUUAUAUUCCCUCAUGGUCUAGUCCGUCUUUUUAUUCUCUGCCCUUAGUGUUUUUUUAACACUACAGUUACUGCUGCUUUUAUUUUAAAAGAACAUGUUUACCUAGCCGCUUACCUAUUCUGUUUUUCCUUUCUUCAGGGGUUGCCAAGCUGGUGUUUGUUUUGUACAAAAACCUUGGGCAGUUUCUCAGCACUGACAACGCCACGAUCAAAAUGUCCAACGAUGCUUAUGGGCGGAAUGUGUCGGUGGCUGUAAAUUCGGACAUCAUUGCCGCCUCCAUCAACAAAGAGUCCAGUCGCGUGUUCAUCACGGACCCUGUGAUUUUCACCCUGGAACACAUUGAUGUGAGUCUUCCUAAGCUAAAUUAAUGGAGAGGUCAUAAAACCGCUGGGAAAGAGAAUAGCUUUGGAUAAAAGCGUCUUCUAAAUGGCAUAUACAGGUAACCGCCAAAAUAAAGGAAACACUUGAGGAAUACUAAGUAUAUUGAAAGCAGGUGCUUCCACACAGAUGUGGUUCCUGAGUUAAUUAAGCAAUUAAAACAUCUCAUCAUGCUUAGGUUCAUGUAUAAAAAUGCCCAGUUGCCCAUUAUUCUAGCUACAUGGCUAGAAGAGGAGAUAUCAGUUACUUUGAAAGAGGGGUCUCAAAGGAGCAUAGGGGUUUAAAGCAGGGGUUCCCAACCUUUUUUCCCCAGGGCCCCAUUACAUUUAAACAUUUCAUUUGUUUAAAUUUCUUUAGAUUAUUGUUUAUUUAGAUAGCCUAUAUUAAAUGCACCAUCAUUUUGUUUAAUUUGAGGGACCUAGGAAAUGUUGUUGUUUUGAAGCUCAGUUCCUGCAUUUCUACGUAGUUUAACAAGACUCAUUACUAUAUUAAUAAUAAUGAUAAUAAUAGUAAUAAUAAUAAUAAUAAUAAUAAUAAUAAUAAUAAUAAUAAUAAUAAUAAUAAUAAUAAUAAUAAUAAUAAUAAUAAUAAUGAACAUGGAAAAGUCUAGACCUGAUUUCCCAAAAUGUUAUUCCACUACCAAAUAUGUUUUAUUAUGAUAAUUUUCAUGAACCUUCAAUUGAAUAUUCUGUUUUACAGAAGGUGAAUAGAUCAAUUGAUAGCGACAGAAUCACACAUUGUAUAAGAUUACUUCCCAAGCAAAGUAACAUUUAUUUGCGUCCUCGACUUAUCAUAGCGGUAAAGAUAUUCCCAUGUGUAUCAGAGUUGCGUCUUCCUCUGUAAUUUUACCGCUUGUUUCUAGCCUAAAGCAUCAUGGAUUUAUGUGUUGUUUUAGAUUGGUAUAGACAAUUGCGAUCACGUUGGUAUAUGUGUGUGUGACUAAGACGAGUAGGUACGGUGUCUCAGGCGCCGCUCCAGAAUCUCCAAUAAGUGUUCAGUUGGGUUGAGAUCUGGAGUCUGAGACACACACACACACACACACACACAAACACACACACACAGUUUAAAGGGUGUGUGUGUGUGUGUGUGUGUGUGUGUGUGUCUCAGACUCCAGAUCUCAACCCAACUGAACACUUAUUGGAGAUUCUGGAGCGGCGCCUGAGACACCGUUUUCCACAACCACCAACAAAACACCAAGUGAUGGAAUUUGUCGUAGAAGAAUGGUGUCGCAUCCCUCCAAUAGAGUUCCAGACACUUGUAGGAUCUAGCCCAAGGCGCAUUGAAGCUGUUCUGGCGGCUCGUGAUGGCCAAACGUCCUAUUAAGAUACUUUAUGUUGGUGUUGCCUUUAUUUAGGCAGUUACCUGUAUAUAAAUAUGUAUUUUUUGUUUUCCACAUUUUGUUGUGUUACAGAAUGAAUUCAAAAUUGACUAAAUAGAUUGUUGAGCUCAGGUGCUUGGAGUCCACCUGUGGCCAAUUCAAUUGUUGUUUGGACAUGAUUUAGAAAGAAACGCACCUGUCUAUAUAAGGUCCCACAGUUGACAGUGCAUGUCAGAGCAGAAGCUAUACCAUGAAGUCCAAGGAACUGUCCGUAGAGCUCUGAAAUAGAAUUGUGAUGAGGAAUAUAUCUGGGGAAGGGUAUAAAACAAUUUUACAUUUACAUUUUAGUCAUUUAGCAGACGCUCUUAUCCAGAGCGACUUACAGUUAGUGAGUGCAUACCUUUUCAUACUGGCCCCCCGUGUGAAACGAACCCACAACCCUGGCGUUGCAAGCGCCAUGCUCUACCAACUGAGCUACAGGGGACCUACACUUCUCGAGUGUUCAAAGUUUCAAAGAGCAUAGUGGUCUCCAUCAUUGGGAAAUUGAAAAAAUAUGGAACUACCCAGACUCUGCCUAGAGCUGGCCGUCCGACCAAACUGAGCAACCGGGCAAGAAGGACCUUGGUCAGGGAGGUGACCAAGAACCCAAUGACCACUCUGACAGAACUACAGAGUUUCUUUGGCUGAGAUGGGAGAACGUACCAGAAGGACAACAGUCUCUACAACACUUCACCAAUCUGGGCUUUAUGGGAGAGUGGCCAGUAGGAAGCCACUCCUGAGAAAAAGGUACAUGACAGCAUGCCUGGAGUUUGCAAAAAGGCACGUGAAAGAUAAUGAAAAUAUUCUGUGGUCUGAUGAGACAAAAAAUUAAUACAAAGCUCUAUGUCUAAAGAAAACCAGGCACAGCUCAUCACCCGUCUAUGCUACUGUGAAGCGUAGUGGUGGCAGCAUCAUGCUAUGGGGAUGCUUUUCAGUAGCAGUGAUUGGGAGACUGGUAAGGAUAGAGGGAACAAUGAAUGGAGCCAAAUAGAGGGAAAUCCUUCAUCAGAACCUGCUUCAGAGUGCAAACGACCAUAGACUGCGGUGAAGAUGUAUGUUCCAACAGGAAAAAUACCCAAAGCAUACAGCCAAAGCAAUGGAAUGGCUUCAGAACAAAAAUGUGAAAGUCCUUGAGUGGCCCAGCCAAAGCCCAGACUUGAAUUCCAGUGAAAAUCUAUGGAAAGACUUGAAGAUUGCUGUUCACCGCCGCUCCCAUCUAACUUAGCAGAACAUAAGAAAAUCUGCAAGGAAGAAUGGGAGUAUCCCCAAAUCCAGAUGUGCAAAGCUGAUAUAGACAUCCCGAAGAUGACUCAAAGCUGUAAUCGCCUCCAAAAGUGCUUCUACAAAGUAUUGACUCAGGGGUGUGAUUACUUAUGUAAAUGAGAUAUUUCUGUAUUUAUUUUUCAAUGCAUUUGCAAAAUGUUCUAUUAACAUGUUUUCACUUUGUCAUUAUGGGGUAUUGUGUGUAGAUUGGUGAGAAAAAUACUCAUUUUAAUCCAUAUUGAAUUCAGGCUGUAACACAACACAUUUUGGAAUAAGUCAAGGGGUAUGAAUACUUUUUGAAGGCAACAUAAGGAUAUAAAUUAUUCCCAUUUUAUUUUAUGGAGGAACAAACUAAUUUAUAGAUUAGCCAUACAAUGUAGGAUUAAAUUACUGGAGAAUCAAUUAUCCUUUAUCUUUUAAAGUUGUCAAGAGGGACUCCCAGAGGGCUACUCAUGAGUCUGUUCUUUAUCAAGGAAAUUGUUCAUUUCCAAAGACAAGCCGGCCCACCAAUUGUAUAAACAAACAGUAAUAACACGAGGAAUAAAUACACAAUGAGUAACAAUAACUUGGCUUUAUUUUUUUAUUUAACUAGGCAAGUCAGUCAAGAACAAAUUCUUAUUUACAAUGACGGCCUACACGGACGACGCUGGGCCAAUUGUGCGCCGCCCUAUGGGACUCCCAAUCACGGCCAGUUGUGAUACAGCCUGGAAUCGAACUAGGGGGUCUGUAGUGAUGCCUCAAGCACUGAGAUGUUGUGCCUUAGACCGCUGCGCCACUCGGGAGCCGUUAUACAACGGGUGGGUCUAAAUCCUGAAUGCUGAUUUGUUAAAACCACAUUCCAGCCGGUGUCUAUUCCACAAGUUACCACCGGCUAAAUCUAUGACGUUAAAAUGCCUAUUUACUCUGUUCCAUCUGACUGCGCAAUCCACUGUCUCAUUAGCCCAGCCAGGCACUUUAUAAACUUGAUCUCCACUAUAAAAAGCAUCUAGACAUUAUCUCACAUUUCUUUUAGACUAACAUUUCAUUUUCAACAGCAGAGAUUUGUAUAAACCUUGCUGUCUGUCUCUCCGACAUUUGCAACAUUGUUUCAAUAUUCAAAUUCGAUCUCCAGCUGUCCAAUAGUAAUGAACGUGUCGGGAGUCGGGACGAGACAGACAGGCAGCGUUUCUCAACCAGUCGAAAUCAUGAAUCAGCUGGCAUAAUUUUUUUUUCAAUUGAAAAAAGGUCAAACGAAACGAAAUGCAGCUAGUUUACAGUCUUUCCAGCUUCAGUUUGAAGUGAUUGUGUUAGCUGUGUUGUUGGCUAGCUCCUCUGAACAACAGUGUCCUGACGAGUGAGCACAUUUUCUAUGCCAAACAAAAUCGCUCCUCAUUAGCUCAUUGUUAUGGAUGUAUCCAAAUAAAUGUCACUAGAAAACAGCAUAAACAAAUGCAAAUGCAGCUACUUUGCUGUUAUUCUGGCUGCACUUUUUGACGUGAAUUUAAGUUAGCCGUAGUUGGCUAGCUAGCAAGCAAGGGAUAAGAACAUUGCCUGCCAGUAUGGCAAUGGAACGGAACCAAUAGAACGAAUGACCAGCCGGCUUGGGUAGCAACCCUAGAUCUUCUGGAAGGAUGAAAUAGUAUGAAUAAAUUCAUCAAAUUAACGUUUCUAAUGAAAAUACAGUGCAUUCGGAAAGGAUUCAGACCCCUUCCCUUUUUCCACAUUAUGUUACGUUACAGCCUUAUUCUAAAAUUGAUUAAAUAAAAUAAAAUCCUCAUUAAUAUACACACAAUACCCCAUAAUGAUCAAGCAAAAACUGUUUUUUAGAAAUGCUAGCAAAUAUAUUAAAAAUAAAAAACAGAAAUACCUUAUUUACUUAAGUAUUCAGACCCUACGCAUCCUGUUUCCAUUGAUCAUCCUUGAGAUGUUUCUACAACUUCAUUGGAGUCCACUUGUGGUAAAUUCAAUUGAUUGGACAUUAUUUGGAAAGGCACACACCUAUCUAUAUAAGGUCCCACAGUUGACAGUGCAUGUCAGAGCAAAAACCAAGCCAUGAGGUCGAAGGAAUUGUCCCUAGAGCUGCGAGACAGGAAUGUGUUGAGGCACAGAUCUGGGGAAGGGUACCAAACAAUGUCUGCAGCAUUGAAGGUCCCCAAGAACACAGUGGCCUCCAUCAUUCUUGAAUUGAAGAAGUUUGGAACCACCAAGACUCUUCCUAGAGCUGGCCGCCCGGCCAAACUGAGCAAUUAGGGGAGAAGGGCCUUGUGUCGGGACUUCGUCUCUGGCCUAACAACAACCGUGCCAAUAUAUCCUCCAAACACCGGCUUCUCGGGCAUUAUCACUUAAAUAUACACAGGGUACCAUUACCGAGUCGAUGUGCAGGGGUACGAGGUAAUUGAGGUAGAUAUGUACAUAUAGCAGCGUAUGUGAUGAGUCAAAAGAGUUAGUACAAAGAGGGUCAAUGCAGAUAGUCCGUGUAGCUAUUUGGUUAACUAUUUUGUGAUGUUAUGGCUUGGGGGUAGAAGCUGUUCAGGGUCCUGUUGGUAUGGCUUUGGUAGAUUUAACAAGUACGCAACCAAAUUAGAUAUUAUAUUUUUAAAUAAAUAAAGGAAAUGCAUUAUGCACCUCUCCUUUAUCAAUGCAGUAUCUUUAUGCGAGUGGUAAAAUGGUAAUACGUUCUGUACAUAUUCUGAUUUGGACAGUCAGUUAUUUCAACACUUAAUCUCAUCAUCAGAUGGACCACUACUUCAACUCCAAUUGCUCCUUUUGGAAUUAUUCUGAGAGGAGCAUGAUGGGAUACUGGUCCACCCAGGGCUGCAAGCUCCUGGGCUCCAAUAAGACCCACACCACCUGCUCCUGCAGUCAUCUCACCAACUUUGCAGUUCUCAUGGCACAUCGGGAAAGCUCG